GAUAGCAAGUGUGAUUCUUCCCGGCAGGUGAUGCCCAGGCCCUGGACCACACGAGGAAUGGGACUCUGGGCCUCUAGCUGCCACGCAGGUGGUGGGGGCUCCAGGCCAUGACCUGCACCUCUGCCCACUGACGCUGCCCUCCGCGCUCACUCGUGCCAGAUCAGCCAUGUCUGAAGGAGAGGUUCAGGCCCGGCGGGGCCAGGGGCUGCCCCCGGAUGUGCUGGCAGAGCAGGUGGAGCUGUGGUGGUCACAGCAGCCGCGGCGCUCAGCGCUCUGCUUCGCCGUGGCCGUGGGCCUCGUGGCGGGCUGUGGGGCAGGCGGCGUGGCCCUGCUGUCCUCCACCAGCAGCCGCUCGGGGGAGUGGCGCCUGGCAGUGGGCACGGCGCUCUGCCUGCUGGCCCUGCUGGUCCUGGUUAAGCAGUUGAUGAGCUCGGCCGUGCAGGACAUGAACUGCAUCCGCCAGCCCCACCACGUGGCCCUGCUGCGCAGUGGAGGAGGUGCGGACGCCUUGGUGGUGCUGCUCAGCGGCCUGGUGUUGCUGGUCACCGGCCUGACGCUGGCUGGGCUGGCUGCUGCCCCCGCCCCGGCCCGGCCGCUGGCUGCCAUGCUAUCCGUGGGCAUCACCCUGGCUGCCUCUGGUGCACUCUUGCUGCUGGGCCUGCUGCUCUAUCAGGUGGCUGUGAGCGGACACUGCCCCCCAACCCGCAUGGCCGCCCCCCCCACCCGCAGUGACCGCAGCGGCAACGGCAGCAUCUUCAGCAUCUCAGGACAGUUGUCCGCCGGUCAGCAUCAUGAGACCACGUCCAGCAUCGCCAGCCUCAUCUGACCGAGCCCGGGCCCUCCUUCCCCCGACCUGCCCUCAGCCUCCACAGAACCGUGCCCGGGCAUGAGUGAGUGUGUGUGCCAGUGUGUGUGCACACGCAUACCGAGGGGAUAAUGACAGCACGUGUGUCCCCAGGACUGCCCAGCCCGCUGAGGGACUGUGUGACUGUGUGACAAGGAGCCGGCCUGCACCCACACAUCACAUCACAAGGAGAGGACUGCUUCUCCUUGGAGCUCAUGGAGUUGUCUGUCGGUGUUCCGAGCCUCUCGGCAGAGAAGGGUCUGGGAUCCCUGAAGAUUCUUGACCCCUGUUCCUAACACCUCUGAGAGCCAGCUCUGCCUGUAACACCCAUCACCUGUUUCCCCAGGAGAGGUCGCUGCCCACCCGCAGAGACUGCAAAGUGAGCCCUCUUCAUCUAGGAGAGUGAGUGGUGGUGAAGUGGACAGAACACAGGCCCUGGCAUGACAGGCCUGGGGACAGAGCCCCCCUCUACCACUCACCAGCUGAGGGCCUUGGGCAAGUGGCUUAACCUCUCUGAGCCCCAGUCUCUUAAGAGAAACAGUCAUGGUCAUCAAUUGUUAGGAUCAAAUGAGAUGAUGUGUGGAAGGGCCAGGCACAUGGCAGGUGUGCAAUAAAAGUGGUGGCUGCUAUUA